AUGGCGUUGGAUCAGUUCCGAGUGGACUGGGGCGCGAAUGUCUUGCAAUCAUUCUUCGAAGACUCCGAUCAGCGUGACGUUGUGGCCGAGUCACCCAUCAAGCACUUUUUCAGCUGGGCCGAGACCAGCUCAACAGGUCGCAUGAGGCCCACUGGCGAAAGGUUCCGACAUAUUUUCUCCUCCACCCUUGGACUUCACGAUGAAGACGAAUGGCGGUUCGAAAGACCUUUGGGGAAGGGCUCAUUUGGCGCGGCAGCCCUCUUCAUCAAAUCGAAUGCGAGGCAAGAAAAAACUGAUGCAUUCGUGUUGAAAGUAACCGACGUUGAGCCACGCGCCUUCCUCCCGGCUACAGGGAAGAAGAUAUACUUGACUGCGGAAGCUGCCAUCAUGGCGCAAACCAACGACCUCGAUUCCGACAACCUAGUACGUCUUCGACAGUACAAAGUUGACCAGCAAUACUGCCGAUACUACAUUGAAUUCUGUGAGUUUGACACAUUGGAGACACUGAGGCUGAGAUAUAAAGCGUGGAAUCAAUAUCUUCCUGAAACCUUCCUGUGGCAUACCUUCUACUUCCUGGCACAAGCUUAUCUUGACUUCUGCACGGGUCCCUUCAGGAGUCUUAGGUUUGAUAAUUUUAGACAGGCCAUGCCGGGGCAAUAUCUUCUGCAUAUGGACAUAAAGACGGACAAUAUCUUCCUGGGCAUGAAUACGACCAAAGACGAUGGCACAGUCUGGUACCCUGUGCCCAAAAUUGGUGAUUUUGGCCUGGCCACCACCACCAAUCCUGAUGAACUCACAACAAAUACGGCCCAGAUCUUACAACGAGGCACGGCAGCGUGGAUGCCACCAGAACAACGUAUUCACCACAUGCAAGAUUGGCGUAGGUACUAUUUCGACGGCGACGUCAACCCUCGAUUCCCCUCGAACCGGCAGACAAAGCUGCAUAGGAUCCGUCCCGAAGCCAACCUCUGGGCCAUUGGUGCCGUCAUGUGGAAUUUGAUGACAAUGGGGGAGAUUGAAGAACUCAGCGAGAAAGUCGACGACAUCCUGUUGGGCGAAGGCCCAGCCUGGCAGGCCUUUGAUGGGACGAAUAUUCUUGACAGUGUUGCCCCCGAGGUCCGGGACCGCUAUAGUCCGGAACUUUUUGAGCUCAUCCAACAAUGCACGGCUUUGAGACCGGCUGAUCGACCGCCCCCCAAACGCCUGCUCCAGGAUGUCUUUAGUAACCUGAACCAGUGCUUUGCGCGCGAGGAAGAGGCCUUCAGACGCACUCAAGACCCGAGGCCGCUUACGGUGGCCUUUGAAAAGGACCACAUCAACGACCUCCCGGAUGGUGGUGCCAACUUCGACAGGCCGAAAAUCUUUUGGGACGACUUCGCCGACCAUCUCCUCUGGGCACCCAGGGAAUGGGACUUGGUCUGUCCACCCACAGCCCCAAGGACCCUGGAGUUUGACGACCGCUGGCCGCUGCCACUCCGCGAGAGAAUCAACGAGAGGUGGAAAGAAGCAGUGCUGAAGAGGGAUCGAAGACUCGCUGCUGCAAACGUCCGCAACACGAGGGGUGCUGCCGCGACUGGCACACUGUCUCCUGCUCAACAACAGACAGCAGUACCUUCAGGAGGGAUCUUCCGCGCACCGUCUACCGAUCAUUACGAUCCAGACGGACAGCCUCGAAAAAAAUUCAAGCGGUAA